AUGGCGACGGGGUCCGCAGAAGCGCAUGGCAGCGCCGCGAAGAAGGCGCGGACGGGCGCCCGCUUCGAUACCCUGGCAGUGCACGCCGGAGACCAGCAUGAUCCAGGUCAUGGCGCCGUCAUCCCGCCCAUCACUACGGCCACGAGUUUCGUGCAGCCCAAUCUGGGCCAGGAGGGUAAAUUCGGCUAUUCCCGUUGCGGAAAUCCAACGAGGAGCGCAUAUGAGUCCGCCCUGGCAGAUCUUGAGGCCGGAACGUGGGCAACAGCCACAGCUUCAGGCAUGGCGGCCACGGCCCUAGCCUUGGAACUUCUGGACCCCGGCGCCCACGUGCUCGUCAUGAGGGGCGUCUACGGCGGCACCUUUCGAUUGUUUGAGACCAUCCGGAGCCGCACGAUGAAUCUGCGGUUCACCUACUUGGAUCUCAAUGACCUGGAGGAUGUGCGGCGGCAGAUGUGCAAAGAAACGGGCAUGAUUUGGGUCGAAAGCCCUACGAACCCGCUGCUGACGCUGGUUGACAUCCCGAAGCUUGUCGAAGCCGUCAAGGCACAAGCAGCCAAGGAGGGACGCCCGGCUCCGCUGGUCUGCGCGGACAACACCUUUGCCACCGCAUGGAAUCAGCAGCCGCUCUCUCUGGGCGUUGAUUUGGUCAUGCUCUCGGCGAGCAAGUACAUCGGUGGGCACUCAGACAUGACCGGCGGUGCGUUGGUGACCAAAGACCCGGACCUGGCAAACAGGCUCGGCUCGCUGGCUAAAGCGGUCGGCGGCAUCGCAAGCCCCUUCGAGGCUUACUUAGCGCUGCGCGGCAUGAAGACGCUUUCCGUGAGAAUGGAGAGGCAGUGCCGCAGCGCCCAGCGGGUUGCAGAGUUUCUUGACGCUCAUCCCUGCGUCGCCGAGGUACACUACCCUGGCCUUACAAAGCAUCCGCAGCAUGAGCUCUGCAAAAGGCAGAUGCGCUCGGGUGGCGCAGUGGUCACCGUCCGGUUCAAAGGCCGACCAGGAGAAGACGAUCUGGACAUGAUGCGAAGGUUCUUCAGCAAGAUCAAGUUCUGGAUUUUGGCCGAGUCCCUGGGAGGAGUGGAAAGCAUGAUCAACCACAGCGCUACCAUGUCGCAUGGCUCCAUGACGAAGGAGCAGCGGGCAUCCGUGGGCAUCUACGACACGACGCUGCGGCUCAGCGUGGGCGUGGAGGACUGCGAUGACCUGAUCGAAGACUUGGAUCACGCGCUGACAGCGUAG